AUGGCGUGCGAAACGACCGACGUGAUUAUUUGCGGCUGUGGCCCAACAGGCGCCCUGCUUUCCGCAUAUCUAGGCAAGAUGAACAUCUCCAACAUUGUGCUAGAGAAGGAGGCAGAGAUUACGACAGACCCUCGAGGUAUCGCUUUGGAUGAAGACGGUAUCCGCCUCCUGCAGGGUGCGGGCUUAUACUCGUCUGUGUACUCGGAAAUCGGGACUUGCAUGCAGAAAUUCAAGUUUAUUGGUGGAACGGACCCAGUCUUGGAUAAGCGAGCAUUUAUUGAGAUGGACUACGGAACUACCGAAGGUGGUACAGGUCAUGUAGGCUUUAUCUGUCACAAACAGCCCGCACUGGAGAAAUGUUUGCGAGAUGCGAUGGCAUCAUCAAAAUAUUGCGAUCUACGGUCGGGAUGCGAAGUCACCAGUCUCUCAGAGGACGACCAGGGAACAAUUUGCCAAUAUCGUGAUGCGACAGGUGAAGAACACCAGAUCCGAUCAAGGUUCUUUAUCGGUGCCGAUGGCAAGACUGGCUUCACACGAAAGCAAUACCUUGAGCCCCGAGGAAUUCUCAUGGAGCAGGCCCACCAGUCAUUCUAUGAAGAGACUUGGGUCGCUUUGAAUUGGAAAAUCAGCCUUCCAAAUGAGAAGACGCAUCCCAACUUUCCAUUAUGGAGACUCGGGUAUACACCUGAACAGGUGUACGAUCUUUUCUUUCCACUCAAUUUCCGGUUCAUAUGCAACCCAAAUCGACCCUCAGUCUGUGGACGUUUCGGAUUGCCAGAAGACCGACUAUGGAGAUUUGAAUUUGUCGUCCAGAAUGGUGAGGAUGGAGACGAAAUGGCGAAGCCAGCGAUGAUCAAGAAAGUGGUCUUUCCCUAUAUUACCCACCCUGGGAGUCGCUAUGGUCUGCUGCAAGACGUUGCAUUUCCAGAGGAUUGUAUUACAGUCCUUCGAUCGCGACCUUUCAGGUUCGCCGCCAGAAGCUGCAACAGAUGGUCUGAUGGCCGAGUCGUACUAUGUGGCGAUGCAGCCCAUGUUUUCCCGCCGUUUGGGGGUCAAGGGAUAGCAUCUGGCUUCCGCGAUGCAGUUUCUCUUGCUUGGCGCCUUGCCUUACUCUGUCGCACCCAGUCUAAAGACACCGGCUUCCACAAGCAAGUUCUGAAGGCUUGGUAUGAGGAGCGAAAGCAACAACUCGAGAAGUCAUUGGCCUCGACCAUUGAAAAUGGGAAAUUUGUCACGGAAGGGGACCCCUUGAAAAUUCUCAUUCGAAACGUGUACCUUUGGUUCGUACAGCUGGUCCCAUCCUGGCGCCAUGAGUUAUCUCUUGGUAGACGCAAGGAGGGCCUUGUGCGUUACGAGCAUUCAUCUGGGAUGCCAUUCAUUCCCGAGCACAAUGGUGGCCUCUGCCUUCCCCAGGUCUAUUGCAGGUCAUUGAACUGUUCUGACACUGAUGUCCGUUUUACGGACGAUGUCAUUUUUAGACCAGGAAAGAAUGGUUUGUUCCAGCUCCUGGUUUACGUCAAGACAGUUGAACAAAUUUCAUCAGCCAGGGAGGUGGUGUCAGAUAUUGAUGACAUGUCCCACGGUGAGAUUCUUGCUAGUGAGGUCACGAUUCUUGUGGAAGAUAUGGCCGAUGCCCCUUGCAAAACUGGCCAAGAUGUGUUCCGGCUUGCUUCCGCGGAUGAGUUCGCCCAGUCUCGUCUAUGUGCAAACAGGCCCAGGCCCGAAUUUUUCGAUCCAUUCUAUCUGGGGAAGGCCCUGAAAAGAAAGCGAUUCACCAUUGUGCGACCGGAUAGAUUCAUAUUUGCAUCUUGCGAUAGCAGGGAAGACUUGAGGAAGAUAGCCGGAGCUGUAGCUAUGCAUCUCCAAGGAUGA